GGAUGAACGGAAACCGUGCAGUUUUUCCUUGUUUUACAGGAUAAAGAAAUCUCUGUGAGAGAUCUUCCUGACUGAAGGAAAUCCACACAGGAUUAUAAAGUCACAGGAAACAGAAGUCAGGUGUCAGUGAUGUAUAGAUUGGUGUUACAGGAAUCUGUCAGAGUGUCUGGUGUUAGUGAGUGUAGUUACAUUACCCACGUGUCAUCAGACCGGGUCUGGAUCAGUGAUACUAAAGGCAAUCUCAUCUUAACUAACACGAGAGGUGACAUUCUAGAUCGUGUGACAGAUUUAUAUAAAUAUAUUGGUGGAGUACAUACUGUGACUCGAGAUAGUGGUGUGAUUUAUGAAGACAGUCACCAUAACCUCAUUAAACUGUCUACAGAUAAAGUAAAGACCAAAGUGAUACCGAUCACAUCACCAUGGUAUCCAUACUGUGUCUACAGCUCCCCCUCCACUGGAGACCUGCUGGUCGGGAUGGAUAAUACUGAUACAAGGACAAGCCAGGUAAACCGUUACUCUGACACAGGAGAACACAUACAGACCAUACAGCACGACAACACAGGCCAGAGACUGUAUAGUAGACCUCUCUACAUCACAGAGAACCGCAAUGGAGAUGUUAUUGUGUCUGACAUCUGGCAUGGUGUAGUGGUGACAGACAGAAGAGGUAGACAUCGCUUCUCCUACACAGGUCCUCCAUCAGGAUCACGACUAGAUCCACAAGGAAUCUGUACUGACGCGCUGUCACACAUCCUGGUAUGUGAUGUUAACACAGGCACAGUACAUAUCAUUGACCAGGACAGUCUCUUUCUGUCACAGAUUGAGACAAAACAACACUGGAUAGACAAACCAUGGAGCCUGAGUUAUGAUUGUGAAACACAGCUUCUCUGGGUUGGAUCAUACUACAACAACACAGUAAACAUUUACAGACUUAUCGUUGAAGGGGACAAUCUGACUGAUAAAGUUGAUGAGUUAAAGACGUUCUUGAGAAAGGAGAAGACAACUGUUACCCAUGCCAGAGGAAUACUUGUUGGAUGUGCUGAGGCUGGAAAAACAACGCUACUGAAGCGAUUAAGAGGGCAAAGUCAAAAUAUCGGUGAAGUUACAGAGUCCACCAGGGGAUUGGAAGUCCAUCAACAUCUUUUCAUUGUUAAAGAUGGAAUUUUAGAAGUAGUUGAUGACGAUUCACCAUUGAAGACAUUUAUCAGGAUAAAUGCCGCGGACCUGAAGCCAAAAAUAAGCAGUGCAGUUGACCAUUCCAAUCCAAAUGAAAAUAGAGAUAAUUCGGGACUGAAAAGUCAUUACAAAGAGAGGGGGGAAACCAUGCUCUAUAGCCGAGAAGAAGAGAAAGUUGAGUUGUCUAGUUCACCUAAUGAAGGCAAAGAAGAAGUCAAUACAGUAGAGGUAAUGGCCCUUGUUCUUUCCUCAAAAGAAGAAAAAAGGGUGAAAGAUGAAAUUUUUCAGAAAAUCUUGUCUGAAAAAGAGAACUUACCAACUGUCAGCAUGCUUGAUUUUGCUGGUCAGUUAGCGUAUUAUGCCUGUCACCAAAUUUACGUAACACCAAAGGCCUUCUUUAUCCUUGUGUUGGACAUGACCAAGAAGUUUGAGGAUGUUGUUGAUAGGGAAAAAGAUAAUCAAGAAGGAUCCAUCUUCUCUGUGUGGACUUACAAAGACUACCUGAAGUUUUGGAUAACCUCAAUCAAGACUUUUGGAGGCACUAAGGCACCACUGUUCAUUAUUGUCACACACACAGAAGGAACAUCUAUAGAU